AUGUGGACUCCACAGCGGCUGAGCAGCGGCGCCGGCGGCAGCGCAAGCCCCUUCUGGUGGAGGAAGAAGAAGAAGAGGAAAGAGGGAAAGAACAGCGGCGGCGGGCUGGGCCUGGAGAACUGUGCCUUCGUCCCCGACCACGACGAGUACUUCUUCCAUGGCGGCGAGAACCCGAGCCCCCUUGUCCAGCGGAGCCCAGUGAGCUACGCGCCGUCGCCGUCCCCCCUCUCCGGUCGCCAGCCGGCGAGCUUCGUCUCCUCCCUCCGGUCGCUCUUCCCGCUCCGCCGCCGCCCGCCGACGGCGGCGACGGCCCUCCGCCGGCGGCGGCUCACCGGAACUGUCUACGGACGGCGGCGGGGGAGGGCAAACUUCGCCGUGCAAGAGAACCCUUCGUCGGAGCCGCUCCUCCUUCUGGAGCUCGCCAUCGCCACCGACCGCCUGGUGAAGGAGAUGGCCGCCGGUGCAGUUCGGAUACUCCUUGAGUGCGACCGGCAGCGACCCUACUACCAGUCCUCGAUGAAGAAGAAGAGGACGAUGAUGAUGGGCAUGUGGCCAUUCUCGCCGGCGGCGCCGCCGCCGUCGACCUCCCUGUGGGAGGAGCCGGUGUGGAGCAUGUUCUGCAACGGGCGGCGCAGCGGCUUCGCUGUGUCUCACUCCUGCGGGGAAGACGACCUGCGGGUCCUCCGCGCCAUCCCGGCCGUCUCGGCCGGCGCCGGCGUCUUGUCGUUGCAGAGGGCGCCGGAACGAUCGCUGGAGAAGGGGGGCCUUCCGCUGCCGUACUCCGGCGGUGAAUCCCCCGAGGUGAUGUACAUGCGGGCCAAGUUCGAGCGGGUGGUGGAGAGCAGUGACUCGGAGGCGCUCUACAUGGUGAACCCCGACGGCGGCAGGGCCGGCGGUGGCAGAAGCGGCCCGGAGCUCAGCAUAUUCCUCCUGAGACUGUGA